UAUAUAUACGAUUAAGUUAGUUUCAGUAAAUUAUGUAUAACUCCUUAAUUACAUCCUCUAUUACUAUAAUGAUUAAUGACUUAUUUAAGGUGCAUAAUAUUUAUAUAUUUACUAGUCUACCUUCAAAUAGCAUUGGUGCAUGUCUUUCAUUUUAUUGUUAAAAUAUAAAUACUUACUAGGAUUUUUUUUCAUUUUCCUAUAAAAAACUGUUAAGUAUGUUACUGUACAUACUUUUAUUAGCUGCUAAAAUCCACGGAGUUGUAAAUUCCGACCAAUAUGCGUUCGGAUUAAUUUGUGGCUGCGACCGUUCGUCGAUAUACAACGUGUCUGAAGUGAAGGUUUACGCUUACAACUACGCCUCUAGUAUAUCCGAGGUGUACACCAUCGACGAUGCCGCAGCCGCCAUCUUGAAUCGCCAGGACUUCGACCCCGGACAGUGCAUCGACAUCUUCAUCUCUGGCUACACCAACACCAUAGACAGCGAACCGUCACAAGUGGCCCGAUGCACCCUGUCCAAAAUCACUUGCAAAAACAAAGGAACCCUGGCGAUACUUUUCGACCAUUCCGCAUACACCAACCAAGGGUACAUAAGGGCGAUCGACUACGCCAAAUCAAUCGGACAGGCUAUCGGAAGAAUGGUUCUGCAGCUUCUGUCUAAAGUUUCUAUACGGGACAUCAACAUCAGCGGGCAUAGCCUCGGCGCGCAGAUCAUGGGGUACACUGCGGAGACGGUCAAGAAUGCUGGAUCACCUUUCCCAAUAAUUUACGCUAUGGAUCCAGCUGGCCCGUGCUACCAGGAGUGUCCGAAGGAACACGUUAGAUCCGGUCAAGCUGACACGGUUGUGUCUUUCCACUGCAGCACUAGAGAGGGAACAGAGCUGAGAAUUUCCGAUUACAACUUCAUAUCUGACGGUGGAUCGGUGCAGAAGGGAUGUACGAUGUCGAGUUGCAGUCAUUUCAAAUGUGCUCCAAUCUCGUUCCAACCAAGUAUACAGCCUGGUAUCUGGAAAAGCAGGCUCUGUAAUGAAAAACAGUGUAGUUGUGAAACUGUUUUGGCGGGCUACAGAGUGCCGCCACCUUCUUCGGCUGUUCCUGGUUCAUAUUGCUUUAGCCCUUCACUGGCUCUUGUUUGUGAUGUACCGUCACAAUAACAUGGAACUAUUGGGAAUCGCCUGAUGCCCGCAAACCCUACACAUCCACAUGGUUGCGUGGUUUUAAAAUCGGAGCACGGCACACAAUUAUGUUUAUCACAACAAACUUAUUCCAGUCACCCCCUCGACAGCCUUAAACCAACUUAAGAAACCAUUUUAGCCACAAAAACAAAAUGGCGUGAGUUUGGUGAACGUAAAGAGUUAUGGUGGCAUUAUUUGAGUCACGGCUUCGCGCCCUCUGGAGGCGGGUAAACGCCGCCGCGGCUGCCGUAAGCAAAUCUUGUUCCGAAUGAAAAAAGAAACGUCUCCGAAAUAACUUACGAGGUUUACUGGAGUUGAGGGUCCCGUGACAUGCACUAUACUUAUUGGGUUUUUUUCGCUGUUAACCUAACAAGGUUAGGUGAAGCUUUGUAAUCUUUCUAACUUUUUUAUUUUGUUUAAUCAUAGCACAUUAAAUUUUAAU